UCGUUCGAUAAAUACUGUUACAAGGAGAUAGAUGUUUUUGCCAUUUUUCUCGAGAAAUAGAAAUAGAGGUAAUAAUGGUAAUAAGAGAAUUAGAGAAUAGAUGUGUAAAGUGUAAUAAAGAAGUAGAGAAUGAUGAAGGAAAAAGAGAUAGAAAAAUGCCGCUUGGUAGCAAGUCGGCGACGUGCGCGUGCAAGUCCGAUCGUGAACGGCGAGAGUCAUUUCUUUUGGCGCGCGGAAGUCCGAUCGUAGACGGCGAGAGUCAUUGUUUUUGGCGCGCAGAACUUGUUGCUGGGCACGCACAAACACAUAAUCGAUUUCGACUAACAACAUGGCAUCGAUGCUAGAUGGCUAGAUUACGAUACAUGUAAAUGUAUGCGUAUGCUAGAUGGCUAGAUUGCGAUACAUGUAAAUGUAUGCGUAUGUAUAAAAACUCUAUAUGACUCUAUAUGAGUUUAUUUUUUUUGAAAUCGAUAUGUAUCGGGUCGGUAAUUGAGCAUGACUUGCUGUGCGGUGUAGCUUGAUUACUGUUUAGGGAAGCCGCGUAAAAUGGGCCCCGUGCGUGUGCGUGAUCAACCCGAGCUCCCAUAGAUCUUUUCAGCAGUGCUGGGGAUCGCAACGGACAGUGGUGUGCGCGUGCGGAUAGCCCUGCAGAGGCGCGUGGUUUUCUCGCUUUGGGGUUAUUGUGAAUUGCAGUGCGUUCUAUAUAGCCUCAUAAGCAUUAAAUUUUUAUCGCUGAAAGAGAUCUAGUGAUAGAAAUUAUGGAAGAAGAAGAAGGCCAAGAUGCGCUGGUCGACUACGACAGCGAUAGCAGCUUUAUCACGGUAAUAGAUAGAGAAGCAAAAGAUAAAAACGAGGAGACAGUAAGAAAAGAUAGAGAAGCAAAAGAUAAAAAGGAGAUGGAAAGAAGAGGUGCAAUCCCGAAAAAGAACUUGCCUAAAGUCAGAGAGAAUAUAGAUGUGACCAAAGCAUGGGAAGAGAACCGUCCAGUACUGCCAAUUGGAACCAAAAUAUUAUAUGAAAAGUAAGAAAAAUUGGUCGAAAAAAUGGACAAUUCGAUGCAGGUGCUGGAUAAAGUAAUGACGAAGGCCACCGAGAUGAUGGAGAAUAUGGUGGAAGUCUCCCGUUUAAACUUAGAGAAAGAAAAAGUUAAACUUAGACGUUUAGAGGUAAGCAAUAAAGAUACCCAAAGUUCAGUAGAAAACAGGAAACAAACGGUUAAAGAACUAGAGGUAGAGUCUAAAAAGAGAAAAUUAAAUGAAAUAACAGUCUGUUCAGCCGAAAAAGAUAGAAGUUUAGAGACAAUGAAAAGAGCUAUAGAAUUGGAAUUGAACAGUCAAAGGUUGCAUAUUAGAAGAGAAUAUAAGCUGACGCAAAAAUCCAAUUUUGAUCUUUGGAUGGAUUAUUUAAAAUCUGAGUUAAUGAAUAACGAGUUGUUAGAUGUAAUAGAUUCAAACAUUGAAAGUCCAGAAAAUCUCUCCGAACUAAAAGUUGCUAAGAGAAAAAGUCUAGUUAGAGAUAUAAUAAUCAAUCAUUUAGAUGAAAACUAUCAUAAAAGGAUUCUACAUGAAAAAGAUCCGAAAGAAAUUUUGAAGAAAUUGAGAGGAUAUAAAAAGAGUGAAGUAAACGUUACUCAUGCAUCGGUACGAGCUAAACUCUAUCAAAUUAAAAUGAGAAAAGACGAAAAAGUAAGUGAUUUUUGUGAACGCUUCGAUUCAAUAAUUAGAGAAUAUGAAUCAUGUGAAGAUGCGGUACCCCUCGCAGAACAAGAGAUUAGAUCUGCACUUUAUCAGGCUGUGUCAAUUAAUGUACCAGAGCUGAGGAAUGUAGAUUUAAUUAGAAGACAAACUAAUCUUAAAGAAAUGAACAUAGAUGAAAUAAAGUCUUUUAUGAUGCAGUUAGAAGCAGAGACUAAAAACGAGAAUAAAGAAAGUUAGAGAAACCCGAAGUCAGGGUACAGAGGGCUGCUGCAGAAGAGAACAUGAAACAAGUGAAAUGCUACAGAUGCAACCGAAUGGGUCAUAUGGCAAAGGACUGUCCACUAAUAGAAUUUGGUGCCUGGUUUUGUUACUACUGCCAGGAAGUACGAGGUCACAAGGGUGAUAAUUGUCCGAGUGCCGAAGCCCAGGCGAACAGAGCUAGAGGAAAAAGGUAUUUAAAUAAAACCGUUAAUAAAAACAUAAAGAAAAAGAGUAGAUUUGUGCAAAAAGGCACAAAAAGAGUAGAUAACAAAGGGAAAAUAACCAAGAUACAACCAGCUGAGAAACCUAUAUCAACGAAAACAGCAAAUGAAGGAGAAUCAGAAGAAGGUAAAUAAUACAUGGUUAAAUUAAUAGAAGAUAGAGAUAGUUCAAAAGAGGUAGUCAAUUUUACUGCAGAUUCGGGUGCUACGGAUCAUAUUGUGAAUAAGAAUUUUAUUCUGUCAAAGUUUGAAAAAUGUAAAGAUAGAGUUAUUAAAUGCGCGAAUAAAAAUGAGCUUGCAAACAUUUCAAUAGAUGGUAAAGGAGAUCUUACGCUAAUAACGAAUGAAAAAGAAAAGAGAGUCAUUAAAUUAAUAAAUGUAAUUGCAGCAAAGAAAGUAUCCAAAAAUUUACUAUAUCUAAGAAAGUUGGCUGAUGCAGGGUUCAGUAUUUAUUUAGAUGAUAAAGUGUUUAAAGUUUACAAUAAACUGACAAAUAAAAUAGUUUUUAAAGGAAUUUACAGAUGUAGAGCAGAAAUUGUUCCACAUAGUGAGCUUCCUAAACAAUCGCAAGCAAACAUUCAGACCAAUGAAUUAUCAAUUUCGGAGGGAGAGUUAGAUGAGAGGGAUAAUGUUGGCUCUGCGAUUGGGAGGGAGAAUGAAGGAGAGCUCACAAAUGUGAACGAAAACGAAAAUAUA